AUGGCAACCAAUAUUCAGACAGUCAUUGAAGAGGCCGAGGACAUUAUGUCUGCAGACCUAGGCAACACCAAUGCUCCCACCCAAGUCCCUUCGCCAUCUCCCAACCCUCCCUCUCAGCCCAAACCGAAGAUCCGGAGCAAGUAUCGUCAUGUGGAAGCCUUACAUUCCAGAGUGCAGCCAUCGGUCCUCAGUCACGAAACUGCCGAGACUCCCAGUUUUAUUGGUUUCCGCAACCUCAUGGUCUUAACCAUCAUUGUCAUGAACCUGCGCCUCGUAGUUGAGAAUGCUCGAAAAUAUGGCCUGCUCAUCACUCUCAAGUUUAGCUUGGGCGGCCACGAUAUCAAGGCAGCAGCCCUCCUCUACGCACUCACUCCUGUUCAUCUCUUCGUUGCCUACAUAAUCGAACGGAUCGCCAUGGAAAAUGUCAAGGGUGUUAUUGGCAGACGCAAAAAGGCCGAACUGGACAACAACGAUCCUCAGAUCGAGAAAGAGAACAAGGAUUUCUACUAUACAUGGUGGUGGAUUGCUGUGGUUCAUACAUUGAAUGCGUCGCUAGCUUUGCUAAUCACCAGCUUUGUGGUCUACUAUCUGAUGGACAAUCCUGGACUUGGCGCCAUUAGCGAACUUCAUGCCAUUGUGGUUUGGCUCAAGACUUGUUCAUACGCCUUCACAAAUCGAGACCUUCGACAUGCUAUGUUACAUCCAGGAGGCCCGGAGUCUGCAUUGCCCCAGGUCUACUUGCAAUGUCCAUAUCCCCGGAAUGUCACGUUGGGUAAUCUUUGUUAUUUCUGGUGGGCACCCACCCUCGUCUAUCAACCUUUUUACCCGAGGUCUCAACAAAUUCGAUGGACUUUCGUUGCAAAGCGGGUUGGAGAGGUGGUGGCCCUCAGUGUCUUCAUAUGGCUCACCUGUGCCCAAUAUGCGGUUCCUCUUUUACAGAACUCACUCAAUGGCAUGGCUGUUUUCGACGUGCCCUCAAUUUUGGAACGAUUAAUGAAACUAUCGACCAUCUCCCUCAUAGUAUGGCUCGCCGGUUUUUUUGCCCUGUUCCAGUCGUUCCUCAAUGCGUUGGCCGAGAUCAUGAGAUUUGGCGAUCGACAAUUCUACCAAGACUGGUGGAACAGUACCACCCUGAAGAUGUACUGGUCAACCUGGAACAAGCCAGUCUAUCAUUUUAUGCGAAGACAUAUUUAUUCACCUCUUGUCGGCCGUGGUUGGUCUCACAAAGCAGCCAGUAUGUGGGUGUUUGUCUUUUCUGGAUUUCUGCACGAGUUGGCAGUGGGGAUUCCAUGUCAUAGCAUUCUCGGAGUCGCAUUCCUUGGAAUGGUCCUUCAGUUGCCACUAAUUAUGGUCACCGAACCUCUAGCAAAAAAAGAAGGCAUGGGAAAAGUCAUUGGGAAUUGCAUUUUCUGGGUUAAUUUUGUCUUCGUGGGCCAGCCUUUGGCCGCUAUGUUAUACUUUUUUAGUUAUAAAGCGAGGCAUGGUCUACUGGGUGAAGCGAUGAACCAACGUGGAUGA